CCCCUUCUGCAGAUUUCGGGGAGACGCUCUUCCUGCGGUCAGCCUGUUUGACAGGCAGCAUUGGCGCAUUGUCUUUCAAAUUUAUGUCAUUUUCUCCUGUACAWACAGGUAAUUCAGAGACAAACUAUUUGACUAAUUAUUUUCCGGAAGAAGCGUUGGAGCGGCCUCGUYUAGAAUGGGGAACAGAGACGAUGAAUACGACUUCUUGUUCAAAGUUGUGUUAAUUGGGGACUCGGGCGUCGGAAAGAGUAAUUGCCUCCUUCGGUUCACACGGAAUGAGUUCAACCUUGAGAGUAGAGUACCAAUCGGGGUGGAGUUUGCCACCCGCAGCAUCCAGGUGGAUGGGAAGACGAUAAAGGCCCAGAUAUGGGACACGGCUGGACAGGAACGUUACAGAGCCAUCACCUCCGCCUAUUACAGAGGGGCAGUGGGUGCUCUCCUAGUGUAUGACAUCGCCAAGCACUUGACCUAUGAAAACGUGGAGCGCUGGUUGAAGGAACUGAGGGAUCAUGCCGACAACAACAUCGUCAUCAUGCUGGCGGGCAACAAGAGCGACCUGCGCCAUCUCAGGGCCGUGCCCACGGACGAGGCCCGGGCUUUUGCAGAGAAGAACACUCUAUCCUUUAUUGAAACUUCAGCCUUGGAUUCAACAAAUGUAGAGGAAGCUUUCAAAAACAUCCUUACAGAAAUCUAUCGCAUCGUAUCGCAGAAGCAGAUCGCUGAGCGGUCUGCCCAUGACGAGUCCCCUGGAAACAAUGUGGUGGACAUAAGUGUUCCACCCACCACAGACCAGAAAGGGAACAAACUGCAGUGCUGCCAGAACCUGUAACCCAUGACGACCAUCACCGUCCCUCCCUUUCUGUCAUCUCAAAGUGUUGUGUGUGCCGACUUCCUUCAUUUUGUGUAAUAUAUCAUAUUUGGGUUUUGAUAGCUUGUUCACUCACAUUAUAUUAAUGCCAUGAAAUUAAAUUUUACAAUACAAGUA